UAAGUUAAGGGCCUUUAGGCUUGAAAUUUAGCCCAGCCUAUAUAGAUUCCACAGGGGCCAACGUAAUCGAACAAUCUUUGCACGAGCAAACCGUAAACCCUAGAAACAGUGAGCACAUCACCUCCUGCCAUGGCUAGGAAACAUGAGCACAGCCCUGAGGAAAAAUCUGAUGAGGAAGAAGUGGAAGUUGAAGAAGUAGAAGUGGAAGAAGAAGUAGAAGAGGAGGAGGAAGAAGAAUCUGGAGAAGAAGAAGGAGGAGGUGAAUCUGAAGAAGUAGAGGAAGAAGAAGGAGAUGAAUCCGAAGAAGAAGAAGAAGAGUCGGAUUCCGAUUCUUCAGAUGAAGCGGAAGACGAAUCAUCGAAGCCAGAGAGCAUCCGGAGACUUCUCGAGCCUCUGGGAAAAGAUAAGAUAAUGGAUCUGUUCAAACAGGCAGCUUCCAAGGAUCCUUCUCUGAUUUCCCGGGUUACAGAAUUAGCCAACUCCGAUCCAACCCACCGGAAGGUCUUUGUACACGGCCUCAGCUGGGAUGCCACAACGGAUACGGUGCGCGAUGCCUUCCAAUGCUAUGGUGAGAUUGAGGAAUGUAGGCUCAUUACUGAUAAGGUCACCGGAAAGGCCAAAGGCUAUGCCUUUGUGCUUUUCAAGACCAGAGCCUCUGCCAAAAGAGCCCUUAAACAGCCUCAGAAGAAGAUGGGAAAUCGGACCAUAUCCUGCCAGCUUGCUGCAGUAGGCCCCGUAGGAUAUGAUACCACAGGCCGGAAAAUAUAUGUAGGCAAUGUUGGUCCAAAUGUGAUUGCUGAGAAUCUCCGUUCUUUCUUUUCCAAGUUUGGGGAGAUUGAAGAAGGGCCAUCUGGGUUUGAUGCGGUGACGCAGAGGCCAAGGGGAUUUGCAAUCUUUGUGUUUAGAACAGCUGAAGGGGCUAAGAAAGCACUGGAGGAGCCAAUCAAAUGGUUUGAAGGUUGCCAGCUGCAUUGCAAAAUGUUUGUAGAGUAUGUCCAUAACAACAGCAACAAAGCUCAUGCUAAUCAAGCUGUGCAGCAAAGUGGUGGUGGGAUUGGAGUGCAGCAAGGGAUGUUGGGAGCUGGUGGGAUGUUCAUGGGGCAGAGUCAUGGAAUGGGAUUGACAGCAAAUCCCUUUCUUGGGCUGGCAACACCGGCAGUUGGUGGCUCCUCCAUUGGAGCAAACAGUGGCUUAGCUAGCUUAAACCCCAGUACUAUUGGAAAUUUAGGUUUCCAUAUGGGGUUGCAGGGACUCGGUGCGUACCAAAAUGCUCCAUUGGCGCCUUCCUUUUCUGGUGGAGGUACUGGUUCGGGUCCCGCAUCAUCAUCAUCGCCGCCUCCAAAUACUCAGUCCAGCUUUGGAUCAGCAGGGGCUUACUUCCCAUCAUACUUGGGCAGAUAGGUAAGAUAUUUGGAUAUUCUCUCUUUUUUUCUUCUUAUCGUUUGUUUCGUGUCGAACGGCUGAUCUUAAUUUCAGAUGUGAUGUUUAAUAUCAAUCAGUGAAUUCACUUUUCAAUUGCUUGCAAAAUUAGGCUGGCUAGCUAGCACAGUACUUGCAUGAAGAAAAUGCAUAUUGCUAU